GUUUAUAAUUUAUUAAAUUAAAUAUUCAUCAAUUAAGUAAACAUAUGAUGGAAAAUAGCUCAAGUGAGAGCAUAGGAGAACUCGUAAUUGCAGCUGAAGUUAACACACCAACUGCAGAUACCCCAGCUGGCCUGGAGGAUGAUUCGCUUUCAUUAGACUCGGUCAGUGUUUUUAGCGCCACAACAACGACAACAACAACACGCAGCAAAUCGCCCACUGCGCGCAAAUUGAAACGCGGCCGGCGCUCCAAGAGCCACAAAAUGGUGCAGCCGCUCUAUAAAUACAACUAUCAUGUGCGUGAAGAUCACAAUCAUCAGAUAUUUGGCGUGCAGUUCAAUCCAUAUCUAGAGCGCAAUCAGGCAGUGUUUGCCACUGUAGGCAAAGACCGUGUUUCUAUCUACGAGUGCGUGCGUCAGCAGAGCGACCAGGAGGAAGAUCAGGAUCAGGAGCAGGAGCAUGAGCAUGGUAUACGUCUGCUGCAGGUGUAUGCGGAUCCAGAUACAGAUGAAAGUUUUUAUACCUGUGCCUGGUCCUAUGAUGAUGUUACUGGCGAUCCUGUGCUAGCCGCCGCUGGAUAUCGCGGCGUUAUUCGCAUCUUUGACAUUAACCAGCAUCGCUGCGCCAAGAACUAUAUUGGACAUGGACAUGCCAUCAAUGAGCUUAAGUUUCAUCCAUUACGACCGCAGUUAUUGCUUUCCGGCAGCAAGGAUCAUUCGCUGCGUUUGUGGAAUAUACAAACAGAUGUCUGUGUUGCUAUGUUUGGCGGCGUUGAGGGUCACCGCGAUGAAGUGCUUUCAUUGGAUUUUGAUUUGCGCGGCGAACGCAUCAUGUCCAGCGGCAUGGACCAUUCCUUGAAGUUAUGGUGCCUCAGUAAGCCGGAAAUACAGCAGGCCAUUGAGUUAAGCUGUAGCUUUAAUCCCAGCAAGCAGACUGGGCCUUUUCCCACCAUCAAGGAGCAUUUCCCCGACUUUUCGACGCGUGAUAUACAUCGCAACUAUGUGGACUGUGUGCAGUGGUUUGGUGACUUUGUGUUCUCCAAGUCUUGCGAGAACUCUAUUGUCUGCUGGAAACCUGGAAAGUUGUCUGCGCAGCCUCAGGACAUAAAGCCACAGGACUCUACUACAGUGCUGCAUCAUUUUGAUUAUAAAAUGUGUGAGAUUUGGUUUGUGCGCUUUGCUUUUAAUGCUUGGCAAAAGGUUCUGGCGCUGGGCAAUCAACUGGGAACCACUUAUGUCUGGGAGCUCGACUGUGAUCCCAAUUUGACCAAGUGCAGCCAGCUGGUGCAUCCCAAGUGCACAACCACCAUACGACAAACUUCCUUCUCGAAGGAUGGCUCCAUUUUGAUAUGUGUCUGCGACGACAGCACUGUCUGGCGUUGGGAUCGCGCCAACUAAUUUAU